GAUUCAAACAAAUGAGCGCGAAUCCUUUUAAGCGAUUUCAGCGACGCGAAGCGGCAGAUCGUAGAAUCAAGUAUAAAGAUUAAUUAUAACACUUGGAAAUCUUGAAUUAGUUAAAAUUUGUAUAAUGGCACGUGGUAAAAAGCCUGUACGUGGUGGAAAACGAAAAUAUGACAGACAAUAUGAGCCCCGACGGAAACAGAAGAAAGGAAAGUUUAAUUUUAGAGAAGCAUCGUAUGUUAAAGAACGUGAAUUGAAAAAUGAACAGAUAGAAAAUCGUAGGAGGUUAUUAGAGAAGGAAAAGGCACAACGAAGGGAACAUGAAACUGACAGUUCUGAGGAAGAACAGGAGGAUUCUAUGAAGGUAUUAUUAGCAACAUUGUCGGAUAAAAAAGAGCUUAAGAAUUUUGCUAUCGAGUCUGAAUCCGAAAAUGAACAAUCCGAUGAAUUAACCGACGCAGAAAGUUCAAACAGCGACGAUGAUAGUGUUCCAAAUGAAUGUGACAAUGAAAGCAUAUUAAUAGAAGAAAAUGACAAGGAGAUAGACGAUGAUAAUGACAACGACGACAUGGUAAUUGAUAUUAAGGAAGAUGAAGAGGAGGAUAAGGAAACUGCUGAAGAAGAUGCUGGCUACUUGAAAGAUCCUUUUUCUAUACAUUUAAAUCAUGAUUUAGACGAUGAUCUUUAUAAAGUCAUUUCAUGUAUACCACAAGUUAUAGAGAUUACAAAAUUAAAUUGGCCAAUACUUGGGAAUAUAAUCUGUGAAAUACCAAAGUCAGAAACAAAUUCGAAUAACACUGAUAAAAAAUGUAAAGUUUCUGUUUUAGAAACAAAACAAUUUGCUCGGCAAGGCAAAAUUCCUAUAUUAAUUGAAAGCAUAGAUUGGAAUAAUCUAUAUAUAAAAUCGCAAAUCCAAGAUAAUAUUACAAAUGCAAAUUCUGAUAAUAUAAAAAAUAAUCUAGAUACUAAUUUAGUUCCAUUAACUAAACUGCAAAAAGAAUUGUUUUCCAUAAUAAAUAAUUAUCAGGAUUUAUAUUAUCCGGAAAGGACCUUUUCAAAUGCCGAAGAAAUUAGAUUUGUAUAUUGUUUACAUGCAAUUAAUCAUAUAUUAAAAACUAGAACCAAAAUAUUACAUCAUAAUGCAAAAAUAGCUAAAUCUAAAAGUUCAUCCAGUGCUGAUAUUCCAGAUGAAUAUAGAGAUCAAGGAUUGGUCAGGCCAAAAGUUCUUAUAAUCGUGCCUUUCAGACAUUCAUGUUUAAAAAUUGUGGAAUUAUUAAUUUCAAUAUUAAUUGGCGUAGAUAAAGGAGGUUCAGUGAUGAACAAAAAUAGAUUUAUGGAAGAUUUUAGUGGAAAUGAAUUGGCUAUGCCCAAGAAAAAUCCUAAACCAGAGGAUUAUGAAUUAACAUUUCAAGGAAAUACGGAUGAUACUUUUAAAAUUGGUAUAUCAAUUACAAAGAAAACUUUAAAACUAUAUUCAGAAUUUUAUUCGUCCGAUAUUAUUAUUUCAUCUUUAUUAGGUUUAAGGAUGUUGAUAGGUGCUGAAGGUGAAGCAGAGAGAGAAUAUGAUUUUUUAGCAUCUAUAGAAUUAUUGAUUAUGGAUCAAUCUGAAUUGUUUUUUAUGCAAAAUUGGGAUCAUAUGAUACAUAUUUUAAAUCAUUUGCAUUUACAGCCUAAGGAAUCUCAUGGCAUAGAUUUUUCUCGCGUAAGAAGUUGGUGCAUAAAUGGUUGGACGAAGUAUUAUCGACAAACAUUAAUAUUUUCUGGUAUACAAUUACCAGAGAUUCAUAGUAUCUUUAACAAAAGGUGUUUUAAUUAUGCUGGAAAGUUAAAAGUAAUUAAUCCAAUAUAUCCUGGUUCUAUUUGUCAAAUAAUUACUCAAGUACCACAAAUUUUUCAUAAAUUCAAUGCUACCAGUCAUACACAAUCUUUAGAGAAUAGAAUGGAAUUUUUCAUAAACAAAAUAUUACCACAAUACAAGGAUAGCGUAAUGAAUCACACAUUGAUUUUUGUAUCAUCUUAUUACGAUUUUGUAAAGCUUCGAAAUUAUUUGAAAAAAGAAGACUUCAGUUUUGUACAAAUUUGUGAGUAUUCCAAAGAAGCAAAAAUAGCACGAGCAAGGGAUAUGUUCUUUCACAGCGAUGCACAUUUUUUACUCUAUUCAGAGCGUUUUCAUUUUUUUCGAAGGAUACGUGUUAAAGGAAUUCGACAUAUUAUAUUUUAUGCUUUACCAACAAUUCCACAUUUCUAUAGUGAAAUUUGUAACUUGAUGCAAGAAGCUAAUCAAAAUCCUAAAGCAGGUUUAGAAAGUAAUAUGACUGUAACUAGUAUAUAUUGUAAAUACGAUGUUUUUGCAUUAGCUGGUAUAGUUGGUACAGAAAAAGCGAGUAAAAUGAUUGCGUCAGAGAAAUCAGUGCACAUGCUUAUUACAAGCGAAUAAUUUUUGCGUGUUUGAUCGACUGUUGAUCUUCUUUUUUUUUUUUUUUUUUUUUUAUACAAGCAUAUUGAUGUAUAAAGAAUAAAUAUAUUUUUCUAUGUAUAUUAUAUA